AUGUAUAUUCCUGGGCCCAAGGAAAGAAAGACAAGGUCAAAGCAUUCGAAUGUGCGAACGGGCUGUAUCACAUGCAAAACGCGCCGUAAGAAGUGCGACGAGGCCCAACCGGCCUGUCAGAACUGCAUCAGAACAGGGCGAACGUGCGAUGGAUAUGCGCAGGUCCCCGACAAGCGAACCAGGGCUUGGCGUCAGCCGCGGCAAUCGGACAGUCCCGCCUCGAGUCGGCAUCACUCUAGCCCGGACAACCCCCCUGUCAAGAUUCUUCGAUUUGUGGACCCCAGCCCCAACGGACUGUCAUGGAGUGACCGCUGGCACUUAGAUUACUUCCACAAACACACUGCGGUUUCGAUUUCCGGGUACUUUGAGGAUGCGUUUUGGUGCAGGUUGGUUUUUCAGAUGUGCCAGGGACAGGCAGCUGUCCGACAUGCUGCGAUAUCGUUGAGUGCGAGGCACGUCGAAAUUGAAAAAGUGGAAGUGGAAAAUGUCGAGCAUCGGGAGAGUCCAUUGGCUCUGAAACAUAUCCACAAGUCGAUUAUUUGUCUCCGAGAAGAUCUCAUCCGCCAUGCAGCGUGUCAGUUACAUACUGAGACGGUCCUUGUCACCUGCAUUCUCUUGACGGUCCAGGCGAUUUUCCAAGAAGAUCUGCAUGGUGCUCGCCGCCAUAUGUUGUCUGGCAAACAGCUGUUUAGGGAAUGGGAAGCCGUCGACUGCGGAAGGGGUUCCAAUUGGGAAGCGCUGAAAUUCGCAUUGUCUCAAAUGGAACGUGCUUGGGAAAUCUGUGUUAACCCACCGGAUUUCACCAACGAGGAGCCUCAUCAUUAUCUCGAAUCCGACGAAACUAAAGUCAAGUUUCAUCUUACCGAGGCGGAGAAGCUGACCAACUAUCGCACCCACAUGAUGAUUCUUGGACGACAGCUGAUGGAAAGGCUUCUGAGAGGAGGGUUCAAGAUAGUAUCUGCUGGUGCGCCUUUGCUCCGUGGAGGGCGCACAAUCUUGAUCAGGAUGCGAUUUUGGCGGGUUACGGUGAAAACCCACAUAGCUAGCGGAGAAUAUUCGCCAAUCGAUCAAUAUGUCUAUGAUUUGGCUGAGCCAUAUACUUUGCUCAUCUAUCUCAAAGUAUCUGUCGGUGUCAGCCCGCAGCCAACGGAGAGUCUGUUUGAUGAGUAUCUGGAGACUUUCCAGCGAGUCGUUCUGCUCUGCAAGAAUCUUCUACGCUUUGAUUUGAGUAAGGAGCCAGAGUCUCUGUCUCUGGUCCACGACUAUGUUGCAGUCGCUCUUUUGUGGUGUGGAAUGAAGUGUCGAGAUUGGUCACUUAGGGAUGAAAUCCUUUCCCUGUUGAAUUCUUGCAAAGCUUCUAGCCCAUGGGUCUCUUCUGCAAUUGUGGCACUCAAGAAGGUGAUUCAAGUCGAGUCACAUGGGUUGAAGCGGGGUGAUACCAUCCCGGAUGCCGCUCGUCUUCAGUGUAUAGAUGUGCAGGUAUUAAUGGGAGGCUCCAAGGCUGUAUUGUCUUACGGCAAAUCCCGACAUGGGGGCAUGACUUGGAAAGGUGAAACUCUGCGCUAUUGA